AUGGUCCUUCGCAGGACCUUUAUGGUCCUUCACAGGACCUUUAUGGUCCUUCAUGGAACCUUCAUGAUCCUUCACUGGACCUUCAUGGUCCCAUAUGGAAUACCUAUGGGAAUUUGCGGCAGGGGGAUACUGAGAUUUAUUAACAAUUGCCGAAGGAUUCGCGUACAUCGAGAUACUGAGUUGAAUGCAAAAGAGAUUGCUGCAGCCGAACUGCUUCUCUGUAAAUUGACACAAAAGGAAUCAUUUAUGGGAGUAAACGACUCGCGAUUACAAGGAUUAAAUGUUUUCGAGGAAGAUGGACUUAUACGUACAAAGACGAUAAUCUCCAACAGACAGGAUACUUUCUGGUUUAAUUGUCCUAUAAUAUUAAGCCCAACACAUUCACUGACCAAGAAGAUCAUUUAUCAUACUCAUUUGAAACUCAAUCAUGUCGGUGUCAGCAUCGUGAUGAAUCAUCUGCGCGAGAAGUUUUGGAUUCUCCGAUAUCGUCGUACCGUGCAAUCUGUUAUUUACAAAUGUACAGUCUGUCGUCGAUACGCCGCAAAGAACAUGGAGGCUUCGCCGGGAACAUUACCUGAAGAUAGAGUACGAGAUGCCGCUGCGUUCGAAAUUGUCGGCAUUGAUUAUGCCGGACCCCUUUUCUUGAAAGGUGGACGUAAGGCCUAUAUCUGCUUAUUCACAUGUGCAGUAUACCGCGCAGUCCAUCUAGAAUUGGUUACAUCUUUAUCUACGGAAGAAUUCUUAGAAGCUUUCCGAAGAUUCAUAGUAGAGGAAGACCUUCGAUUGUCUACAGCGAUAAUGGCAGAAAUUUUGUGGAAGCCGCGAAUUUAUUACGGAAAGUCAAUUGGCAGAAGGUUUCGCGAUAUUGCGCUCUUGAAAGGAUAG